CAUGGCGAGUGCGGUGCUGCCGAGCGGAUCCCAGCGUGCGGCGGCGCCGGCGCCUCCCGGGCUCCGACUCCGGCUUCUGCUGUUGCUCCUUUCCGCCGCGGCACUGAUCCCCGCAGGUAAGUGACAGACAGUCUCUUAGGCUUGGCUGCCUCAUCUUCAGAAUGGAUGGAUGUUCGGGGCUCCAUCCCUCACGUCUGGCUGUGAUGGACAGAAUCUGUUCACAAAGGACGUGACAGUGAUCGAAGGAGAAGUGGCGACCAUCAGCUGCCAAGUCAACAAGAGCGACGACUCUGUGAUCCAGCUGCUGAACCCCAACAGGCAGACCAUUUACUUCAGGGACUUCAGGCCUUUGAAGGACAGCAGGUUUCAGUUGCUGAAUUUCUCCAGCAGCGAACUCAAAGUGUCGUUGACAAACGUGUCCAUUUCUGAUGAAGGAAGAUACUUUUGCCAGCUCUACACUGACCCCCCGCAGGAAAGCUACACCACCAUCACCGUGCUGGUCCCACCACGUAACCUGAUGAUCGAUAUCCAGAAAGACACUGCGGUGGAAGGCGAGGAGAUCGAAGUCAACUGCACGGCCAUGGCCAGCAAACCAGCCACCACCAUCAGGUGGUUCAAAGGGAAUGAGGAGCUGAAAGGCAAAUCCGAGGUGGAGGAGUGGUCGGACAUGUACACCGUGACCAGCCAGCUGGUGCUGAAGGUGCACAAGGAGGACGAUGGGGUCCCGGUGGUCUGUCAGGUGGAGCACCCUGCGGUCACCGGGAACCUGCAGACCCAGCGGUACCUGGAAGUUCAGUAUAAGCCUCAAGUGCAUAUUCAGAUGACUUACCCUCUACAAGGCCUAACCCGGGAAGGGGACGCGCUUGAGUUAACAUGUGAAGCCAUCGGGAAGCCCCAGCCUGUGAUGGUAACUUGGGUAAGAGUCGAUGACGAAAUGCCUCAACAUGCCGUGCUGUCCGGGCCCAACUUGUUCAUCAAUAACCUAAACAAAACAGAUAAUGGUACCUACCGCUGCGAGGCCUCAAAUGUGGUGGGGAAAGCACAUUCGGACUACAUGCUGUAUGUAUACGAUCCCCCCACAACUCUCCCUCCUCCCACAACAACCACCACCACCACCACCACCACCACCACCACCACCAUCCUUACCAUCACCGCAGACACAACGGCGACAACAGAACCAGCAGUUCACGGCCUUACUCAGUUGCCCAAUUCCGCAGAAGAACUGGACAGUGAGGACCUCGCAGACUCCCGGGCAGGCGAGGAGGGCUCCAUCCGGGCGGUGGACCACGCGGUGAUCGGCGGUGUCGUGGCCGUCGUGGUGUUCGCCAUGCUGUGCUUGCUCAUCAUCCUGGGGCGCUAUUUUGCCAGACAUAAAGGUACAUACUUCACUCAUGAAGCCAAGGGAGCUGACGACGCGGCAGACGCAGACACGGCUAUAAUCAAUGCCGAAGGAGGACAGAACAACUCGGAAGAAAAGAAAGAGUACUUCAUCUAGAGCAGCCUUUCUGUCCCCAUGAGGUGUCCAGCCGGCCCUAUGUAGACGAUAAAGAGACAGUGAUACUGGAAUUGCGAGAAAUCUGUGUGUUUUUUUAAUGAAUGGGUGGAACGGUGCGAGACUGGGAAGGCUUGGGGUUUGCUGUGUAAAAAAUGUUCUUUGAAAAGUACACUCUGCUGUUUGACACCUCUUUCUUUUUGUUUGUUUUUUAAAUUUUUAUUUCUUCCUGCCAAGUCAAACUUGGAUGCUUGGGUUUAGUUUGGAUAGAUUCCAGAAAAUUCUGUGCCUUGUUUUUUGUUUGUUGUGUUCCCUUUUUCUCUUCUCCCUCUUUUGUGUACCUUUAUUUUUCCCAAAAAUUUUUGGACUUUUUUUCCAAAAUCUCCCAUUUUGGAAUUUGCCUGCUGGGAUUCCUUAGAAUCUUUUUCCCCUUACUCUGUUUUAUUUUGUUUGUUUGCUUGUUUCCUUUUAAAGUAAUACCUUUCUGUUCAAAAUUUAGUUUCAUAAAAGGAGAACCAGCACAGUUUAGAUUUCAUAGUUCGGAAUUUAGUGUAUCCAUAAUGCAUUCCUCUCUGUUGUCGUAAAGAUUUGGGUGAACAAUGAGAACUCUUCGCUGCUGCCCAUGUUUCAAAUACUUAGAGCAGUGAAGACUAGAAACUUAGACUGUGAUUCAGAAAAUGUUCUGUUUGCUGUGGAACUACAUUACUGUACAGGGUUAUCUGCAAGUGAGGUGUGUCACAAUGAGAUUGGACCUGUCUUUAAUUCUGUAUCUGUAGACGGCUCAGUGUAGAUACCCCACACUGUCCAGAAAGGUUUGGGGCGGAAAGGGCUCCUCCUUUCUCACUGCCCUAAACAGACCUGACAGGUGAGGUCUGUUCCUUUUAUAUAAGUGGACAAAUUAGAGUUGCCACAGGAGGGGAAGUCGGGAGGGGGGAAAGACAGUUCUGCUCUGGUUAUUUCUGUCCCAAAUGAUUCCAUCCACCUUUCCCAAUUGGCCUUACUUCGCCCUGAUUUGUAGGAGACAGCGUCCGUGUGGUGUGCGGGUGACUGGAUGGGACAGGUGUUCCUUUCCUCUGGGCUUGGUUAGGAAGACGGUAGGAUGUGGCCUGCAUGUACUGUAUAUUACAGAUAUUUGUCAUGCUGAGAUUUCCAAUUCGAAUCCAUGUGAAACUUUCAUUCCUUCAGACUGGGCUUGACAAAGGCAGGAGGCAGAGAGAAGGGCCGGUGUGAUUCUCACACUGGUCUGCUGUCGAUCUCGGUUCUCGGAAGGUCAGGCAGAGGUGGAGAAACGGCAUGUAGGGAUUUUCAGUUACUUAAUCAAAACUCAAAUGUGAGUGUUUCUAUCUUUUUACCUUUCAUACACUAGCCUUGGCCUCUUUCCUCAGCCUUAAGAACCAUCUGCCAAAAAACUUAGUGACCCUCGCAUGACGGCUGCCAGAGCGCAUAGCUACUAAAAUAAGUCACCGCAAACAUAUCUUCGAUGGGGAGCCUUGGGGAAAGUUAGAGGAGUCCGCUUACCAUUUCCAUCUUCAGUAAAGAAAUGUGGGGAUUUUCCCUGACACAUCUAGGUAAUCGAGCAGUUGUCCCCGAAGGACAAAAACGGGACUCUUACCAGGUGUCUUGGUAAGGCUCCAGACUCCAGAAUACAGUCCCUAUGGAAAGAUGGCAUCAAAAAAGAUAGAUCUAUAUAUAUAUAUAAAUAUAUAUUAUAUAACAUUUUCAGUGAGUAAUUUUGGAUUUUGCAAGGUGCAUUUUUACUAUUGUUACAUUAUGUGGAAAAUUUAAGCGGAUUUAUUUAAGGGGGAAAAAGUAUCAACUCUUUGUUAUUUGAAAGUGUUUAUUUUUCUUGUCUUUAUUUUAACCUUUGAUAGAACCAUUGCAAUACAGGGGCCUUUUGGGAACGGACUGGUGUGUAAAGGAAAAUCCAUGCCGAGCAGCGCUCUGUCGUCCCCUCUCCUGUCCUUAGGCACUAAAAAGCCCCGCGCGUCCCUUUUCCGAUGAGUCCCGUAACGCGCGGCUCUGUCCCGAGCCCUUGGCACCCUUCCGACCGCAGUGCGACCACACCGCAGGCGAGCCCGUCGAGCAGGUUGCGAAGCGGUGUUUCCCGCGCCCCCUUCCGCUGACCCCGUCAUCGCUCAGAGUCGGCACCUCCCAUCGGGACCCCCGCCCUUCUGUUCUGACAAGUGUACAGUAGUGCCGUCUCCCUGGUGUAACUUUAUGGCUUUUACGGUGUUGACAUGUCUCAGGUCCAUGUGUGUUCCGAUCGGUGUUUUCCGUCUCAGGUAGAUUGCAAAGUGUAGGCCCCAUGCAUUGGAAAAAAAAUAAUAAUAAAGCAAAAACAGGAAAUUAUGGA